AUGCAGGCUUCUUCUGGCUCUCCCAAUACGGACGACGCCUUAGUGGAAGGCGAAGCUGCAGCACAAGGUGCAGUGGCGGAACGUGUGGACUCGAGGGCUGAGGCGAAUGGUUCUGGAGCUUAUGACGAAAACCAAGAGGAGGGUUCAGAAGAGUAUGAAGAUGAUGAUUCGUUUUCCGUGGGUUUGCCCGUAGAGCCCCCGAAAAAAAGGGUGCCUGUUUUGAUAGUGGGUUCGUUUUUAACGGCGUGGUUACUGUUGCUUUUAGCUGUGGCCUUGAGUUCGGUGAAGGGGGGGCGCAGGGCUUCGAUGAACCUGCCUUUAGAUGAUGAUUCUUUGUUGAAUUAUCGCGAGAGGUUCAGGGAAGGUGCAGAUAAGCUAGAAGAAAGGUGGAUGGGAGCCCCCGAGUCCGUAAAGACCAGCUAUUGCAGAUAUUUCAUGCCCUCAACCGAUGACGGCAAAUAUAUGAGCCCCGCUGACGGCUGGCAAGCUCUUCAGAGGCAGGUAAACGCAAUGCACAGAACCCCUGCCCCUGAUUCUUCCGCUUCAGUGGAGGAUAAAUGGAACUACGCGAUGCAGCUGCAGCUCUUGACUUCUCUGUGCAAUUCCGUAACACUACGACUUGGGGGUCUGGCUCAAUUCGAGAGCAAGGCAGAGAAAGGGGGCUUUCAAUUGUUGGGGCUAGGCAGCGAAGAAGCCCCUGAUGUGGACCUUCCAACUGAUGGGGAUGACGAAGAAGGGAUGCUGCUAAGUGAGUUCAUGGACCUCUUGCCUGCACGAGGUCCGUACUCUCCUACGGAAGUAGAAGGAGGGGGAACUGUCCCUCGUCAUUUAGCCACUAAACUAGGAAGCAUGGUGGAGGCGAUUGACGCGCGCACUCAAGAGGACCGAUACGUAGGAUUUCGUUGGGAUGGCUUCGUAGAUGCUUUCGGGGUAGUGUUAGAAACCGCAGCAGAUGAAGAGUUCAAAGAUCCCAAGCCCAUCACCUCCCCAGCAGACAGAAUCCCUGGAGACGCCAGGCUGCUUAUUCGUGCCUUAGGCGAACAAGUCGAGAAGGCACCAGAUAGAAUGUGGACUCCGUAUGUCCUACAAGCGUGCGCAGAGAGCUGGGAUGAAAACACCGUAAAAAAACUGUUGAAGGAAGUUCAAGAGGGAGAGAAUGAAAGGGCCGCAGCACGUGUAGUCCAAAAGAGAGAAAUUGUGGAGCAAUCCGCAUUAGAAAUGCCUCUUGGGAAGGAGCAUGUUGUAUCCUUGGCUGUGUUCUCGAUAUAA